AUGAAUACAAUUGUUUUGUUUUUAACUCUUCUAAUUCUUGUUUCUUCAUGUACAUCAAUAGUUAUGAAAAGCUCAAACUCAAAAGAGAGAACAUACCCUGUUACUCCAGCAUUGAAUCCUCUAACUGGUCAACACUCUCUCCGUCAACGCCAACUGAUUUUUUGUGAUGAGUGUGCAAAUGCUUGUUUUAGAAGGAAGAAGCCUGUGCGUUCUUGUCAACGAUUUAUAUGCCGUUGCGCGAUUAGAGAUGUUGGAUAUUAA